UCUUUGGGAUUGUACUGUAUAGAUAUAACGAACCUUGUUUCUGGGACAGACAAAACUGGAGGAUCUAUCAUUGAGAUGCUCAUAGCGUCCAGUCAAGGUGUUGAAUGACGACAGGCUGUAGGAGCACCACAUUUAGGUUGAUGACGUCUCGCGUCGAUGGAGCGGAGAACUUAUCUCUUCCGAGUGAUAUACAUUUUCUCCGUCGGUGCAAUUCAGGCCUUUUCAGAACAGCUGCUUUGAUCGAUUGAUGUCCCUAUUCACCAAACACCGCGAACAAGGCAACACAACCAUUUUUUUACAUAGUCCUUCUUCCUUCCCUCGUACACAGAGUUGUAGAGCUGGUCUCUAUCCACACUCAGCAAAUUCCAUCUUUUCUACCAACCCAUAUUUCCUUCAACCUCGGAUCUCGGGCUGGCAGAAACGUUCAAAGUCCAAACUGUUCUAUAUGAAAUCCUUUUCGAUGCUGAGCAUACUGAUUGCUCUGCCCCUUUUGCUGACAAGUCUUGCGAGGCUUUCCAACGCGUUCCCGAUUGUCGAAAGCUCGCUAGACCCUCGAUCCGGUCUCCUUGAAAAGGCAAAAGGCUGUCUCAGUUCGUUCUGCGACCGUCCUAGGACAGACAUUUGUUUGUUUUAUCUCAACGACGAGAUUGCUAUGAAAUAUUACAAGACGAAGCAUUCGUUCAAUGUUGAACGGGAUGGCCUUAGUUUAAGACUCGCCCCCUUCAAGCUUCCUGAACUUAAUUGUACUUUUGGGUUGGAAUCAGAACUCAGGCAAAUAGCUCAGAAAGGAGAUUGGGAGUGCAUCAUCGACUCCAACGAAGACAAGUUCGAAGAGCUGAAUAAGGUCUACACUUACCGGCCAUCGGAGGCAGGUCCAAGCGCAAUGACCUUUGCGAUGGCAGCUUGGAUACAAGUAUUCAUUCCGCAUGCACUCUUCUCAAGAAGAGAUCUCGACCUCAAAGUACGCUGUCAGUCUCUCGGUCAAGACAUGGUCUUUCGGAUACCUCGAUGGAGAAGCUGGAAAAUCAAGAAUUGGCCCCGGGACAGUAGUGGGGAACUGCUCCCUUUGAAUCACAUUGGGCCUUGGCAUCCAACCCCUCAAAUCUGAUGAUGAAGUUGGUCCCGGCGUCUUGAGUGAACUAACUAAAGCCACCCAGCCAGGCAGUAAGUUAGAGAUGCUGUUGCUCUGUUGCUCUUCGCCUUUCGUUUCGAAGCUACGUAGCCACGAAUAUAUGAAUAUGCAAAUUAGAUACGAGAGUUUCAAUCCGCCUUCGAUCUUCUCUGUGUUGGGGUGUACUCCGUACGUCAGAUAUACAGCUUUGACCUUUGUUCCUAAUUCGACUACGCUGAUCUUCGUAUACGCUGAUCACGAUUACUAUAUACUGUACAGCUGUAGAUAGGUCACGCAGACGGAUGUACACGAGCUCCCUCAGUUGUUUUCAUAUCAACUGAGGUGAGCUCACUAGCGAUGAGGAUACCUAUACUUACUGACGGUACCCGUUAGCUUAAUCCUACGUUAACAGGUACCGAGAUAAUAUACAGUUGUUUUCAUAUCAACUGAGCUUAAUCCUACGUUAACA